AUGGCGAGUGGUCCCAUCCCAUGUAGAAGUGUUAGAAAGAGUUGGGCCGGAGACAUGAAGUGCGAAAAGAGGUAGAAAAACGUGAAAAUCGGAAACAGUAUGGUGUGAAUUGGCUAAGGAUCAUUUCUGUCAUGUGAAAGAAGCGUGUUUGGAGUGGAAUAAUUACUGCAAUAAUCAUGAAUAGGUGAAAACUCCCAACGGCUUACAGAGCGCUCAAAUUCUCAGCGGUUCGCACUUCAGUCAAACAUACCGCCUCGGCUACAAGUUGCUUAUAAUAUGCAAAGCUCGCGGAGACCCCAGACCCACGAUAAAAUGGUACAAGGAAGGAUCAGAAAUUCAGUCAAAACCCAGCAUUCACGUCAGUCUUCAAAGCUUUUUUCAUUUUGACUAAAAUAGAAAAUUUUCAACUGAGCUUUUUAUGUGAUUUUUGAGCAAGACAUCAAAACUAUUUACAGUAUUACGAGAAACCGAUUGAUACUGACGCCACAUGGAGCAAACUGGAGAUAGGUGAGUCCAUUCAGCCUCCAUCCAAAUACCAUCCCUUUGGGAUGGCUAAGAAGGUCUACGAUAUAUCAAUCAACAUUUUCUUAUAAUUGCAGAUCCCGCAACGAUGGGUGAUCAAGGAGUCUACGCCUGUGUUGCCAACAACCAGCACGGCGUCAUGGCAAAAAACUUCAAGGCAGAAUAUACAUACUAA